UGAUUGAUUGUGCUGAGGAAAGUAACUGUUUUGAUGAAAAUCAUGUCCAAACAUUCGUCUUCGCAAACCCCUCGCAAAUUGAAAAUUGGCUCUGGAUCAGUCGUUUGCCAAGAGGCUGAAAUAAAAGGUGAGGUUACGAUUGGUUCCCGAACGGUCAUCCACCCAAAGGCUCGUAUAAUAGCAGAAGCUGGGCCGAUAAUCAUCGGAGACAACAACCUCAUUGAAGAACAAGCUACAAUACUAAACUCGUCUUAUCUUGACGACGAUGGACAAUCUGGCGGGAAAAUUGUCUUGAAAAUUGGAAAUCAUAACGUGUUUGAGGUCGGUAGCCAGUGUGAAGCCGUAAAUGUGGGCGAUAACAACAUCCUUGAAGCUAAGAGUAAGGUCGGCCGAUUCACAAGUGUUUCUCAUGGGUGUGUUAUAGGAGCCAAAUGUGAAGUUACUUCUCAGGAAACGCUGCCAGAAAAUACAGUGAUUUAUGGACAAUGUUGUAGUAGGAGAGUACAAGGAGAGAGGCCUGUGCCACAAACACUGCAAUUAGAUUUUCUUACAAAGAUCUUACCAAAUUAUCAUCAUCUAAAGAAAUCUAGUCGAUCAUAACCAAAAAACUCAGUCCUUUUUUCUAACUGGUCAUAAUUUAUUUAUUACUUUUAGUUCUUAAUCCUUGACGAAAAGUAAGGAUUUAUCUUGUAUUCCUUGCCCAAGGAGAACACAGAUGUGCUCUCUCAUUGUUGUUGAAGUUGGAAUGAACCCGAGGGAACGCUUUAAAAAGCACUGGUCAUUUGGAAUCUAAACUGGGGCAACAAUUGGAGUCAGUUCUUGAAAUUGUUUGAUGUAUUUCACAAGUCAGUUGAGAGAAAGAACAAAUGGUUCAAAGCCUGUUUGAAACCUUAUUAUUUGCCAGUUAGUUAUACAAAGUCGAAGGGGUAUAUACAUAUAUACAAGUAUCGUACAUUUAAAGUUAAGGAAUUAAACACAGGUGUUAGUUAAUGUUGUUGCAAAGUGUCUUAAACCUAAAUUUUUCCCAAACUUUCUAUCACCCAUGCAUGUUUGCUUUUGGAUAAAGAGCAAAUCUCCCAGUCUCCUCUGUAGGUCUCUAAACUUCUGGUUGUGUGAGGUAACUUAGAUUGGUUCCCUGUUUAAGUAUCUCACUUCCUGGAGUUAGCCAAAGAUAAUUUCAAAAUAGAAGUAAGAAAAGAGAGAAUGAAAAAAAAAAUUUUAAAAAUUGACAUAUUGUUUAAUUUACUACCAAAUUUUCUUAGAGCUAAAAUCAGGGAUGAAUGAUAGACAAUUGAUGAUUAAAUUGAACUUUGUCUCCUUAUCCCACCGGGAUAAAGCUACAUUCCUUUUUUUGUUCCUAUCACAGUAUGUAAGUGUAUGUAAUUAUGUAUACACGAAAUAUUCCUUUAACCCACAAAUAGCAGAUACUAAUCGAGGGUCAAUUUUCUUCUUAACUAAAUUAAUUAAACUUAAUAGUGAUCAUGUG